GGUAAACAAAUCAUCGAAGACCUCCAAGCAAAAUGGCAACGGAGCUAAAUGAUGAACUGGACACCUUGGAUCCCACUUCGAAGCUUGUGCCGGCGCGCAUAGAAUCUCCCACUGCUCACAAGAUAGUGGUCCUAGUUCUACUCAAGCAGUAUGUAAUUAACAAGAAGGAAUGCUUGGACACAGGUAUCUCAAUGCGUCCCCAGAAGCGGCGCAUGUUUUACAUGCUCAUCUUCAAACUAAUCCAGGAGGCAGACAAGAGCUACGACGAGCUGCACGCCCUGCUCACCACAGGCCGCUACAAAUUGGACAAAUUGAUGCUGGAAGCGUUUGAAAAGGCCAUGUCCGAGUUCUGCGCGGGCAGCAUAGAGGCCUUGUUCGACUUUGCAGAGAUCCAGAACAUAGACGAGAUACUGAACGAGAACUAUGGCAUCAGCCAGUUUAGCAUGGUGGGCGUCUAUGUGCGUCGCGUAGGUGUGGUCCUGGAACGGCUCAGCUUUUCCGACAUGAUGGACAUGUAUCGCAGCAUUUGUUCGUUCUAUGAGCGUGGAGUGUGUGCCAUGGCAUCGGGCCCAGGGCCACGUAAGGCAGUUGCCGGCGGAGUGCUGCACAGGGAGGAGACGCCUCCCCCACUCGCCAAGGACAAGUCCACCGAGGAAGAGAAGAAAAACGAUGAUGCAGUGGGGCGCUGUGCGGACGGGCGCAAUCUCUUAAGCAAGUGGGCACCCAAGCAGGCCAAAUACUUCAUUAACAAACAGUCCGAGCUGCUGGAGAGCAAUGAAAGGCACUCCUUGUCGCCCGUGGAGCUUCAGCGAAAGGUGCAAGAGAUGAUACAGGAUCUUCCGCUGACGACGACCCCCUACUUUCUCGGCUACAUGAACCAGUUGCGGGUGAGGGACUUCUACAACUCGCUGUCUGCCUUACAUCGCGCCUUGGACCGCAGCCCCGUACGUCUGAUGAGCCAGGAGAAGGGAUAUCAGUAUUUCUGCAUUAAUCUGGCCGUGCUGCAUGCCACUUUCGGGCAUCGCGAUGAGGCGCUGUCAGCCCUCAGGGAGAGCAUCAUGCUGGCACAAGAACACGGGGACAAAAGAAGCCUCAAUCUCGCAAACACCUGGUAUUGUCUACUGCGCGACGAGCUGCCGCUGUCCACAGUCCGGCGCAGUGUGUCCGAAGCCAAUGAAGUGGACGGCUCGCUGCUGCAGAACUACACACUGGCGCUGCAUUUUGCCGUCAAGCUGGGUACAGUCGCCGGCUACAAACCGCUGCGCCUGUUCGACCUGCUCCAUCACAGCGAUAAUCUCACCAACCGCAACAAUUUCGUGGACCACGCCUCCGAGGCCCUAGCGCUGAGGAGCGCCGUCUGGGCAGCCUAUGGCCGGCACGAGGUGUCGGCCCUCUACUCCCAACUGCUACUCACUGCUCGGGAUCGCUUUAGCAACGGCUCGGCCGGAUUGGGCAGUGCCUUGGCCAGCUAUGCGCUGUGGCUGCAGCUGCAGGGUCAGCCCCAGAUGUCGCGGGUGCUGCUGGAUCGCGGCAGGUGCCGUUUUCCGCGCUUGCCCAGCGCCGAGGGCUGGAUGAUAAGCCAGUGCCAUGUGAUCAUCCAGGCGGGCAUCUAUCAGUGUCGCUGGCACGAUGCCCUGAAGGCCUGCGACCAGCUGUAUCUUCUGGAUAUAUCGGAUGCCCUGAUGCAGAGGGCUUCCAUCUAUGUUGCCAAAAGGGAGUUCUUCAACGCGCGUCGCCUGCUGGAUAAUCUGGCCACGCAGACCCAACUGCCCUUCCUUCUGCGUAUGCGCAUCAAGGUGAUGCUGGGAUACUGCGGUCUGGCCGAGGGUCGCUUCUCUAGCGAAACAACCAUGCUUCUGAUGAGUGUGGCCGAGGAAAUGGCCGAAGCACAGAUGGACUACGAGCUGGCCUUGGUCGACAUGCUGCUGGCCCAGCAGCUCCUGCUCCUGGGCUUGCCCCAGAAGGCCUAUCAGGCUAUCAAGCGUGCUAUGCAGGACAUUCACACCAACGGCGGGAUCUUCGAGCGGGCCAGGACGGAUUUUGUGUUUGUUCGCUGCCUCCUGGCCAUCACGCCCAACAAUGUGGAGGCUCGCAAGGGCCAACUGAUGAAGUCGCUGGACCUCCUGGAGCGAGCUGCUAAAUCCUUUAAGAAACUGCAAGCCCAUUCCAAAGUGCUGGAUGUGUACGUCUUCCUGGCGCAGCGAUUCAACGAGUUUGGCGAACGGACGUUGAGGAACAAGUACGCCGGAGAGUUUCGGCGCUAUUUCACCAAUCAUCCCAUACCGCGCGAAUACCUCGGUAGUCCCUGAACGGGGAGAAAAGUGGGAGUCUGUCGUUUAACUCUUAAUAAACAUAGUUUUAUUAAUUUGUUUAAA